UGCAGCUGCAACAUCAAAAGACGCCGACGUCGACGCCCAUGCAAAUGCAACACCAGCAGCAGCCGUCCACAUCGAUGUCCACAUUGCAAAAGACGAAAGCGCCGACGCCGCCCUUGACACCACAGAAGCCAAUGUUGCAGCAACAGAGGCCCUUAAAGCCACCUUUGCAGCAGCAGCCGAAGGCUCUGGCCAGCCCACAGCUGUCGUUGACAAAAAAGCUGCCAGUCAAACAGAAGCCGCAAGCGGCACAGCGUUUGCCCACACUGCAAAAGAUGCCGCUGACCAAGACGCUGACUUCGCCCGCGCUGCUGCAGCCGAAGGCCGGGCAAUUGGCAUCGCCGGCACAGAAGCUGCCACCGCCGGCGCACAGUGGCAGCAGCAGCGUGAUGGUGCACAAACAGAAGCAGCAACAGCAGCAGUCGUCGACGUCGACGUCAACGCUUGCACCGCCACCGCCGGCGCAUCAUUCAACAGCAGGCACGACGCCGCAGCUGGCGAAGCUGUCGCCAAUGCCUAUGCUGAGCAGGCAGAAUGUGGCGCUGUCCAACCCCGCUUACAACAACAGUGCGGCGCGCACGUUGCCCUACAAAAUGAAAACAACAACAACAACGGCAACAACAACAGGAUUGCGCAGCGUGCAGCCCAGCAGCAGCAGCAGUAGCAGCAUAACAUCGGCCACGCCCAUGACGGCUGGCGCCACGCCGCCCCUGCGUUUGCUAGCCACGCCUCCGCACUGUGCUGCGGCGCUGAAUGAGCCGCUGUUGCUCAAUCUGCCGCCCACCACGAGCAUAACGCCACAGCUGACGCCAACGACGACCCCGCCGCCGGCAGCAGCGCCAGCUGCCGCAGCAGCAGCAGCUACAGCAAAAAUAUCUUUUCCCGGUGCCAGCAUAUCGCCUGUGCAGAAGCCCGCGGCCAAGCGCGUGCAGCCUAUAACGGUGCUCAAGAAGUCGGAUGACGAGUGGCGCAGGCAUCUUGCCCAGCAGCAGCUGCAGGAGCUGAAGCAAAAAGAUAGGCAGACCGCCACGCCCACCAUAGUGUUGGUGGAAUCGCCGCCAACAACGCCGCCCACAGAAAAAGUGGAAAACGAGCAGACCAAGCGUAAGACACCGCCAGCUGCAGUUGUUCCACCAGCUGUGUCCACGGCAAAAGUCUCGCCAGCAGCUGCAACGGCGACACGUGCGCCCCUCGUGCCGGAGUAUACAGCCCUGCUGCAGCUGUGCCGCGAGCUGGACAAGUCGGAGGACAUGGAGCGUCUGAUUGAGAUUAAAUUGCUGAAAUAUUAUUACAGUGUGCAUGAGAAUUUUGUGCGUUCGCGCGGAUUUCGCAAGCAAUUGGAGCAGGCCAUGGACCGUAUGCGCAAUGAGCCGGACAUGAUUUAUGUGCAUCUCAAGUGUGUCGUCGAUGAGCUGAAGGUGCGACGCAAGGCCAAGGUUGUGGAGCUGCCGAUGGACGAGGCGCCGCCGCCGACUGAAGAAAAGGCAGCGGCGGCGCGACUUCCAGCGACAGCGCCAGCUGGAGCUACAACUGCAGCUGAGAUUAAGACAGCGGAGCCAGCUGCGGCAGCGACAACAAGCACGCCCAGCACGGGCAAUAAGCGCAGCGAUGAGCGCAUCCGGAAACUGAAUCGAACAUUGUACACUAUAACGAAACGUAUUAGCGCCUUGGAGGAGGCGGAUGUCGAUUGGAAUGACGAUGAUGAUUCCAGUUAUCUGCAGGUGGAGCGCUACAAGAAGCGCGCCUGUCAGAUCUAUGAGAAAAUCUGUGAUCUAACCGGUGAAAGUAAAAGCGCCCAUCGCCAGAUGAAGCAGCCCAUAUUAUUUAAGGAUACGCCAUAUCCGCAAUUUAAUCGCACACUCUCCGCGUUUGUCAAUCGCAUGCAUGAAUUUCCCGAUUACCAUGAUGUGCUCCAGCUGCUCGAGCACUGCAAUAAGGAGAAGAAUCUGGGCCUAGCUACAUUCGAAAUGAAGCGCAUAGCUCAUGAUGCCUUCGUCAAGGUAGGUCGCCUGCUGCAAGCGAGGCGCAAGACUGAUCUUUACGAGACCGUCACACAUUUUACGGCCAAUGCCAAGGAUCCGGCGGCCUCGGAUGCAGCUCUGCUGGCCAAGCUGAACGAGAACAACAAGAAGCAAACUAAAAUAAGUGAUAUACUGGAAAAAUUUGCGCGCGAGCAGGAUCUCACCACGGAGGAGCAGCGCGAGGCGCGACUCAAGGAGAAACAGCUACAGGCAACAGCCGCAGCAGCAACAGAAGCAGCAGCGGCAACGGCGACGGCCAAUGAUACGGCCAUAGCUGCCGGCGAUGAUGAUGACAAGCCCUGCACCAGCGCGCAGGCGGCACAAGCAGCCCAGGCGCAGGCUCGAACAGCGCAAAUCGUUUUGACCAAUGGCCUACAAAAGCAUCGGGACAGCGAGCACGAGCACGAGCAUGAGAGCGACAGCGAUGAGGAGGAUGAGGAUGAUGAAACGGAUGAGGAUGUCGAUGCCUUUGUGGACAACUUCAAAGCAAAUGGCGAAAUAAGCGAUGCAGAGUCCGAAACGGAAGCGAAUGCAGCACCAAAGACAUCUGCCGCGGCGGCUGCUCAUGUGAUAGUUAAUAAUAUAACGAGAGUCAAGACUGCUGAGUCCAGCCCCAAGGUUGCAAAUAAUGAUAUUAAUGUUGAUCGUGUUAAUGACAAUGCGGCUGCCAAGACGCUGCCCAAUGGCAAGCUAAAGGAUCCGUCUGCUCCCCACACACUUAAGGUCAUGUCCGUUUCUAGUCUAAAUGCCACGCUAUACGCCAGCAACAACAACAACAACAACACCAACAAGAGCAACAUUAGCAGCCGAGAGCAGCCGCAGCAGCAGCAGCAGCAGCAAAAGAAACAACAAAUCUUAAUAGACACAGAAAUUAUCAUUUCGGAUGAGGAAUCAUAGAUGCUUUUUCUACCGUCACCAUUUUCCAUCACAUCAGCAAAAUGUUAGUUUAUGUUUUUAGUUAGAAUUUAUUUAUUUAUCUCAUAUUGCGCACAGUUUGUUAUACUUCCAUUUACUUUAUACGUUGUUUUGCAUUCAGUGAAUUGAAUAACAUCUGUAUUUCAUGUAUCAUAUACUUAUUAUGUACCAUUUAUUUUCCAUAUGAUGCAGCACUUUGUGGAUGCUGUGCUAUAUCCUAAGCUAUUUUUAUGCGCAAAAGAAGCUUGGAUAGUGUAAAUAUGAAAUGCAACUACUAUUAAUU